UGUUUGUGGACAAAGACAAUAGUGAAAAAUUCCCGCAUUUUUUCACAUAGGAAUGUUCCAUGUCUAUCUGCAGCACAUACAUUGUCCCAACAAUCAUGCGAAUAUGUUUGACAAACAACACAACGCUGUCUCAGGGGGUGAUCUUCUAUCCUACAGCGUUCACAGCGGUCCCUAACAAUACCAAAAUUUGUGAAUUUUAAUUCCUGGCACUUUUCACAUUUAAUCCUUCCCGAUACUUCUACAGACAUCUGAUCUUUUGCAACACACAUCGGGCAAUGUCCCGUACAAUCGUUAAUGUUCUAUUUUUUACAUAUGUCGUAACAGUUGUGACAUGUAAAUAAAUCAUUUACACGAAAAGGAAGCGCCAUUACUUUAACUUUUGAAUCCCACUAGUUCGAAAAUGGCAUUUUUUGAUACUUUUGAUUCACUAAUUGAGAUGUUAAAACAUAAUAAACUCCUCCUAAUUCGAUAAACCCUUAUAUAGCUAUAUAAACCCCCUUAUUACCCUUAUUAAGUAUAUCAUACAAAAAGAAAUUAAUAAUCCCUCAAUGUCAUUCAAGGUCGUUUACAACACAUAUCAGAUCGAAUGGAACUAUAACAUGUAUAUGUCAAAUGAAUGUCAGCCACAUAUAGCUAUAUAUGGGUUUAAAAUUUAUCAAGUAGUAUCUUGAAAGAAACUGUAGUGACAACAUGGAAAACAGAGGAGUGUUGUCGUCUUACGUUGAAAGAGUAGAAGCAGAUUCCACAACGUUUCCGUUUCAUGAAACGGGGAGUGCCCCAGCUAGAAAAUGGUCGUCAUCGUGGAGUGACAGCACGGUGACGUUGUAUGAUUUAGAGAUGGAAAAUUGUGUCGAUCAAGAACCAGAUUCCACAACGUCUCCGAAGAGGUCUGGGUCAACAACACCACCGAGGAUGUCCAGAUCAACAGAUGAUUUGAGCGAUAACGAUGAUGGACAGUCUCUGGAUAGUUCACAGUCGACUGCAUCUGAUGGCUUGAUGUUGGAUGGUGUGGACGAUCGCGUAGAAGCGUGGUUGAGUAUUUUGGUACGCGUCAUGCAGAAUGUGGAGUAGGAGAAAAUUGAAGAUUAAA